AUGGGAAUGAUUUCGCGUGUGCGUGGUCGUAUUAGAAGUGAUUCUUUCUCGAAGUUUCAGACUAUCAAAUCAGAGGACAAGAUUGCAAAUAUUGUAUGGCUGAUCUCGUUGGUGUUCCUACUGCCUUACUGGGCACCUCGAGGGCUAUUGGUGGCGCUAGGUGGCGCGUGGUUGAUGGCUGCCUACACCUGUUUGGUGUUGCCCCUGCUUAUCUCUGUUAACUAUCGUUAUCCCGCUAGGUGGUAUCCUGCUGUUGUCAAACUAGCUCGAAAAGUCGCUCGUCGUCUUCAUUCGCCUAUCGCUUACUUAUUAGGAAUCCUGAAAACUGCAUACACACCAGUCGAUAGAGCAGAACGCCUGUUUUUGCAGAUGAAUAAUCUUUCAACUAUGAUUAGUCAGCUGCUUAUAUUCACUGCAUGUGAUCGGCUGCUAGUGUAUCGAGGACGUUUGACGUGCUUAUACUCCUUGAUGUUCUAUAAUGUGAUAACAUACUCCGUAAGCUACGUGCGCGAAAUUUGCACUAAAGAAGAUUGGUCCCCAUACGUAAAUGUGACUCGUCAUUCUCGAGUUAAGCAUCUUGCUAUGUCAGCAACGAAGAUUGUUUUAGAAUGGACCAAAGCUGUCACCUUUAUAGUGACGAUGACUUUUAUUCUCCUUACUCUAGGAUUAGAACAAGGUUUAGAACAUUUUCGCCCAACGAUAUUAUAUACCGCCAUAACUGGUACGUAUUAUCUUCUAUCAGAGAAGACAUUUCUUGAAUUGUGGCCCAUCGCUUUAUCUGCACUGAAGUUGGAACUUCUAGAAGGUAUGGAGGCACUUUAUUGUGGGGUUUGGGCAAGAGGUAUUACUACAGCAAUUGCAAUUCCUCUUGUUCCGGCGCUUGCUUGGAAUGAACGUUGGCGAUUAGCAGUGCUGAUUUUUUACAUUUGUGUUAUUGUCCAUGGACGCCACAGAUUAGGUGAAGCACUCGUUAAGUUAAAUGAAGCUCAAAAAUCACUUGCAAGAUUUAGACGUGCGACAUCUGAAGAGCUUUCAACAUUAGAAGAUGUAUGCGCUGUAUGUCUUGGCACUAUGAAGUCAGCCCGAGUGACUCCUUGUGCGCAUUUUUUUCAUGCAGACUGUUUGAGGAGAUGCCUAGCAACAUCGGACAGUCUCGGUGGUGUAGUGGCUAGCAUGUACGGCUGCACACCCGGAGGUCCUGGGUUCGAGUCCCAGGUCGGGCCAAGUUUAGUUAUUGAGUCUUUCUGUAUAGUAAGCCUCAGUAACAACCCGGAGUUGGGAAGUUGGCGGUGUUUCACCCCCGUGCCUCGGAGAGCACGUAAAGCCGUCGGUCCUGCGCCUUUACUCUCACUGGUCGUGUCGAGCAGUCGUCCCACCGGAGUA